AUGCUGGGCCCUGACUGGUUGUUCAACGUCACUGACCUGGUGAUGAAGUUCAUGAAGGUCCUCUCACCUCUCUCUGACUCCAUCCUGGCCGAGAAGACAGUGAUCGUCCUGGACGACCAUGUCACCAUUGCAGACCUGGGCGUGCAGCUGGUGACUGGCUUGUGCCUUGCCCUGCAGCCACAGAGAGCAGACAAAAGGGCCAUUGGGUCUGCAGUGGCUGCCCAGGGUGUUCUCCAAGCUCCAAAGCAGGUGACAUUCCAGCAUCCUUUGGUCCUCGUCAACUGGGACCCCUUCUCUCUCUCACAUCCAGCCAAGGAGAUCAGCAGACCACUCAUGGCUGGGAAUGCAACUGAUCCAGAUUUUAAGACUGAUGGUUCGGUGACACCAAUAGACAUCUAUGAUCCCAAGGAUUUUUCAGUUACUGUCUCAUCAUUGGAUGAAAUGGUGGUGUCUGUUCAAAAAGACCUUCAGUCCAUAUGGCCGGUUGUGGUUGCAGAGGGGGAAGGGCAAGGGCCCUUGAUUAAAUUAGAAAUGAUGAUUAGUGAACCUUGUCAGAAGACCAAAAGGAAGAACAUUCUUGCCGUGGGAAAAGGAAAUGUCAAGGUCAAAUUUGAACUAAACACGGAUGGGCACCAAGGAGGUGCCAAUGACAUUGAGGGCACACAUCGGGAACAUAAAGACCGCCUCAGUAAUUCCAUAGGGCGGGAAGGAAACCAGGAGAGAGCCAUUCAGGAAUGGCUCCAACGUGGCGCCUCUGUUGGCCAAGAGGAAAAUACCAACAAAAGCACAAGCCCCCACUCUCAUGCGGAAGGAGAGGACACGAAGUUCCUCAAGAGUGGUGGUCCAGACGCCUUCACCAGCCUCCCUGCUCCGGGGAAGUUACCGGAACCCGAUAAUUCACAUGACCUCUGGAAUUCAUUUGAAAACACAAAUGGGAAAACAAAAUCUUUUCUUCAAGACUGCUUUGGCUGGUGUCUGUUUUAUUCCUGGGGUUCGUCACGUCAUAUCGUUUACUGGGUAUCCAGGCUGAAUGAUGUUUUUUAGUAUUUGUCCUCACUUAAGUGUUUGGGGACAAUGCCUAAAUUCUUCUCCCUACUUCAUUUUUCUUAGUCUCCUGUA